CGCGCACGCGAGAGAACGCCGAGAGAGAGAGAGAGAGAGAGAGAGAGAGAGAGAGAGAGAGAGAGAGAGAGAGUAAGAGAGUAAGAGAUAGACAUUCUCACGCUACAGCAGCGCCACGUAUACAUGUACCUCGCGUCUGUCCAGCCGCGCGCAUCCGAAACCCUCACACGCCCCGAGAAAUAUAGGGCUCGAGCCGCAGCGCGCCAGUUCGUGAGUACCGGGAUGAGUAUCAAGUGCGUGGAUUAGUACGAAAGAGUACAAGUUCAACACAGCUGCUCUGCGACGAUUUAAUAAGAAGAUAGACUCGUUAAGACGAACCGAAUUCACAGUUUUUGCGCGCUCGCGAUCAAGAAUUUACGGUGUUUUUUUUUUUAAAGCAUCGAGUGCGCGGCUGUACAUCUUUCUUCUCCGGUUACAAAUACGGGACGAGUAAUUUGCAGCUUGUAAACCGAGACAGUCGACGAGCGGCUCGCAUCAUGGGAAUCGAAGCCGUGUGUGCGGACGUCGAACGAAUUCGACCGCUGGCAAUCGUCACGUGGACUCACGUAAAUUUUACUUAAAGCUCUCGAGAGACAGCUUGUGGAAGGAGAGAGAGAGGAAAAAGGAGCGACCCUCCGCAAGUACCGCAUCGAGGACGAAUUGCCGCAGGAAAAUAAUAGGCUCGAAUUCCAAGCGUCUUCGUCGUCGUCGUGCACAGGACUUAUCGCCAGUGAGGAUCGGUCCUUUCGGGACUUUUGGAUCGCAUGGUUACAGCGAGGUUGAGCCGUAGCGAUGAUAGGGGCCAACUUGCGAUUCGGCAUCGGGGCAUCGGGCAAUGUCACGUCGAACGCCACAAAGGUGUUCCAGUGCCACCCGGGCGGCGUCGCCGAGGCCACAGUCAUCUUCAGCCUCGGCGCCAUGGGGAUGGGCGCCAACAUCAUGCUCAUGGCCCUCAUACUCGGCAAGCGCUCGCUCAGAAGAUGGUCGCAGGGCUUGCUGUUCCAUCAAGCGCUGGUGGACUGCGCGCGAGCGGCGAUACUGCUGCCCCUGGGCUCGAGUAUCCUCAAUUGCCAGCCGGUUAAUAAGUGCUCACUCGUCGAGACGGCCUUCCUCCUACUCGUCACCGUGUCCACCGUCAACAUGCUUACGACUGUGCUUAACGACAGCCCCGUCUUCGAGGAGGAAAACGACGAGGAGACCGACAUCGGACAGCCCAUUCUCAUGGACUCGCCUCAGUGCGUAAUCUUCGGCACGUUCAUGAUCUGGUUCGCGAGCAUCACGAUAAACCUGGGCCCGACCUUCCUGAGCGGUGCCUUGGCCGCCAAUACGGAGACGGGACACAACGAGCCGAGCUGUCCGCUGGUACACGGGCCGUUCCGACACUACAUUCUCAACCUGCUCUGGAUCUUCAUCAACAUCAUCUGCGUCGGUCUCACGCUCUUCCAUCUGAGGAAGCUGCACCGGGACCUCACGAAGCCGAACGUCGAGGCGGUGCGAGUGACCGGACUCGUGACCACUCUGGUGAGCGUGACGGGCGGCGCGAGCGCCGGGGCCGCUGGCGGUCCGAACGGCCUCGCCGAGGGCAGCUCCGCCGACGUCAGGAGGAGCAGCGGUACGCCCAAGAGGGUCGGGGCGAUCGAGGAGCACCGGAAGAUGAGGAAUUAUCUCCGGCGAAUAGAGCGGGACGGCGUCCAGAGGGUGAAAAUGUUUCUGGUCAUCACCGCGGCCUACGUCAUUUUCUGGGGUCCGCUUUUCUUCGUCACGCUUGUGCAUCAUCCGGCGAUCGGAAACACCACGGGCUACGAGGUGACGCUGCACAUCGCGUACGUGCAUGCGUUCGUGAACCCGACCCUGUUCCUGACGCUGCACCGGGGCCUGCGCCAAGGCAUGACGGACGUGUGCUGCGGCUGCUGCGAGAGCUUCGCCCGCUGGAUCCUCGGAGCCACGGCACCGGGCAGCCCGAUGCAGGUGCAGCAGGUGCCGCCGCGCUACGACUCGCAGCUGAGGCUGCCGGCCGCCACGCCCGAGCUGCCCUACGUGUCCCAGCCGGCGACCUCCUGCGACCUCAGCGACGUCGCUCUGCUCAAGCCUCCACUGCCGCCUCAGCCCAAGCAUCACAUGAUGAGCGACGGGCUCGAUCCGUGGAGUAUAACGUCGAGGCCUAAGAGCACGACGAGCCUAUACGAGGAGGAGUUUUCGCGGCGACCAAGCCUCUUGCUGCCGCCACCCCCUGAGCUGCACGACCUGCAGUCGACAAUCAGCCCAACGAGCAGUGACAUACCGAGUGAGUAAGCUGUUGCGAGCGGACGAACAAUCGUACCCUCCUCAACUGCAAAAAUACGAAGAGAGAAGUAUAUCUAUGCUAGCUUUGAAUAUCGGAAUAAUAAGUUCCGUUGGUCGGUCAGUCACGAUUAUAAGCCAAAUAUGUAACUGAAGUGUCGCUCUUCCAAGUACCUGUUAAGUAUCGACCGAAGUCCAGAUUCUCUUAUGCGUAGGAUUACGGAGGAGUACUUAGCGAAAUUGGCGAUCAAGUAUGAUAUUUGUAGACAGAGGUUGUGAUUCGAAUUUCGACGGGUAUAGUAGUAUGGGUUCUUAUUUUUGUGGAUGAGCGAGACAUCAAAAAUAAAAAAAAAGAUUGAUGUAUUUUUCGUAAACUGUAUUAUUGCUUCCCAACUUCUUAUUCGAAUUCGAAAAAGGCAUGUACUAUUCAAAGUCUUUAGCUUUAAAUUGUGUGCGUCAGAAAAAUUCUUUGUCCUUCUUUUGCUGAGCACUCCUCAAGUAAUUGAUUAAGGUAGUCGACUGUAGAUUUGAUCAAGUAUUAAGUUAUUAUAAUAUUAAAAUUGAUACUGACUUUUUCGAGUGCCAAUGGACUUUACGACUGUAUCGAUUAGACAAAUUUAUAAGUUCUAACAGAAGCUUUUUAUUAAAACCUGACGGCUUUGAAAUACGAUAAUCAGAUACAUAUAUUGCACAUAUCAAAGCAAAUAGAGAGUUGAAAAUCGCUGAAUUACCAACAAUUGCAGAAAAAGUGCAAAGGGCACAUAAAGUAUUAUCCAUCCGCACUCGGAAGACCUGUGCAAUUAUAUGACAAGAAAUCUUUGCAGACUGAAAUAUUUCAUAAACAGCGCAUGUCGUCUAUACGUUUAGAGUAGUAUUAUUUACAGCUCGUUGCCGAAUACGUCACUUAUUUUUUACACCCUUUGGAAACAAUUUAAAGUUGACGACCACAAUUCUCAUAUGAUCUGUGAUUAAAUAUCGAUUUUUUAUGUCAUUGCGUGUUGUAUAGAUUUUUAGGUGUGUUAUCCACUUUCAGAUCAGGGUCUUCAUCUCAACGAAUCUUACAUUUGGGUAAAGUAAUUUUAUUUAACGACAACAUAGAGAUAUAGUGUAUAUAAACCGAUCGAGAAUAUAAUUUGGCAUCAUUAAUAAAAGAUCCAACAUUUCAAAUUGGAAAUUCAAAUAGAAUAUCCUUUCGUCAAUGUUAUGUGUAACUAAUUGUUACAUAGAUGUUAAAUGUGCGAUGGGAUUUGAAUAUAUAUUUAUGAAUGUUACGUGUUACUUUAUUCUAUUCUAAUUGUUAUUCUAUUCAUUAUGAAAAUUGUAUAACAAGUAUACUAUUCCCGUAAAUUACAUAAGUUUUUGAGAAGAGCGACUACAUUUUUUUAAGGACUGCAGAUUUAGCUGAGAAAUCGAUCCGAAAAAUCUUUAAAAACAUACAUGAGAAAUUAACUGUGUAGAUAAAUGCUAAGUACUUCUGAAACUGCUCUUUGUAAAUAUAAUCGAGCUUAACAUUGACGACGAACUCGUAAUUUAUAUUAAGUUUUUUAAUAAUGUAUACUUCCAUCAUAUUUUAAGAUAAUUCUACUGUAUUUGGAGUAUCGCAACGUCAUAUUUGAGAUAUGAAUUAUAGAAUACAUAUGCAGCAAUCGCUAUUCAUAUAUACAGUCUUUAAAUAUGACGUUUUAAGUAUGUAUGAAAGUAUUAUAUUGAUUGCUCAAAACUUCUAUAAUUAACGUAACUCUCUAACCCAUACUUUUGUUUCAAGUAAAUUUUAAAUAUAAGAUCAAUAUAUUUCACAAAAUUAUCUAUAGACUGUAGGGUACAGUGCUUCAUAAGAAAUAUAUGCGUAAAUAAUCUUCUUAGUGAUACUCAAGUUUAUAAGAAAGAAAAAUAAAAAUAUUUAUACCUGUACAGAAAGAAUACUUAAGUAUUGUUAAUACGUUUAUAAAUUUAUAUUAGUUUUUCAUUUACACACGAUUAUUUUAUAUUUACAUAAUUUGUGUUAAAAGAACUUAUGAUGGUAGAUUUAUAUGAAUAUAGCAAUAAAACAUUGGAAUAUAAUCAUAUGUAGAAAGCGCAAAGAAAUCUAUUAUCCCAAGUAUGCAUUAUGGUAUAAUGUAUAUUUAUUGUCAGAACAUUAAAAAAUCUAAUGAUUAAAGUACUAUUGGGCGUUCAGGCACACAGUUCCUUAUAUUUGAAAUAAAAAAGAAUAGUGGGUGUGAGUGCACAUUUAUAAAUCUCAAAGCACGAGGUUGUAUAUAAUAAUUAGAAUUUUAAUAUUGCAUAAACAAAAUUUUCAUAUGGGUUUUUCAUUUAUGACUGGUAAUUUUAUAAAACUGUUUAAUAUAAAUUAAUAAUGAAUGAUCAGAUAAUAACUUAUAAUGAUCAAUAAAAUUAAUAUUCGAAAGUUGCUUUCAAGCUGAGUUUUUUGUCAGACAAAACAACGAAAAUUCGACGUCAUUUAGGAAAUCACAAUUUUAUUGUACAUGUAUAUAUUAUAAGCUCAUGAUGAUUGUAUAAUUAUUGAAACCAAAUUACGUAUAUGGCAGCGCAAAUUUAACAGAAAUACCCAUAUGAUUGAUUUCAAAUUAAAAAGCACAAAAUCUAAAAGAUGCUGAAAUAAACACAGAUUCUAAAAUAAACGUAGAAAAUUGUUAAAAGAAACCAUGAUAAAUCAAGUCCGGCCGUGCCGAUCCAGUUGUAUCAUAAGAAUGCGAUCUCAAACAAUUAUUUUUUCGCAUAGACAACGUAAAAAUUGCGACUUUCCUCAAUACAUGAAAAAAGGCUUGCGAUAAAAAUGCUAAUAAAACAAAGAAAGACAACAGCAGGAGAAUGGAUUUUGAUAAUUCUAAAAUAGUCCGCCCAUUGGAGCGUUGCGUGCAGAUUAUUGUCAAUUAGCAAUUAGUGAACUAUUGUAUGUGCCAUUAAAGAAAGACCGAAGAUUUGUAAUAAUAGAAUAUUGUCCAUGAGAAAUGGACUGCUUGGAAAAAUUUUAAUGGAGAAACGAACAAAAUAUUUUAUCUUAAUUAAUGUAAAAUUACUAUUAUUUCUUCAACGUUAAGUGCAAUAAAAAAAUCGCGCACUUUACUUAUCAGAAAUAUUUGCUGAUAUUUUCCAUUCUUGCAAUGCAUGGCCGAUAAACUCGUAAUAAUACUAAUAAUGUUAUGUAAACAAUUGUGCCUAAAAAUAUCGAAAUCUUAACCAAAUGCAUAAAUACUUAAGAAAACAAAAAACUGGUGUCGUACUUGGACAACUUGGAAUGAUGUUUUAGUAGAAUUUAGUAAAUACGUCUUAACCAUAGUAAUAUUGAUUAUUACUAAUGUACGAAUACGCGCGAAUGGAAAGAAUUAAUGACAGAAGAAACAAUUUGAAUCAUUAUAAUAUCCGUGUAUAAAAAUAAAAUGUAUAUAUCACCAUUA